AUAUACUCGAUACCACAAAGUAUCGAUACUCUUUUCGUGUCUCUAGUCAUAGCAACAAAAACUACAAGUAAUAAGAUAAAAAUAGAAGAAUAACUAUGUGUACAUUUGGAGAAAUAGUAGAGCCGAAUAGCAGAACGAUAUGGGAGGAUUGGGAUGAAAAUAACCCGGAAAACAACGCAACACUAAUACAAUGGCAAUUAUCAGUAAAUAUACCAGAAAGAAUCGGCACACUUUUCAUUCUUGAAGGCAAAUUUUUAGCAGAUUGUGUAAAGGUGCAACCUAAAGAUCAUUUGAAACUAAUAAAUACGAGUACAGCCUCAAAUUUACAUUUGUAUCAAAUUAUAUCUCGUAAUGAAUAUGUUUGCACCAUUAAAGAUUAUAAUUUGCUACAAAGUAGUGAAAUUAUUGAUUUGAUAAAACCAUUUAUCAGAAAUUGUGAUGAUGUUUUAACAAUUCAAACAAAAUCUUUAACGGAAUAUCAAACAGCAAGUCUGGAAACAAAACCAUGGGUUAUAAGAAAAUUAACGACUUCAACUCAAUCUAAAAAUUUAAAGGAUUUAAACUUUUCUAAGUUGGAGCAACCUAAUAUUUUAUCUGGUGUUGCUGCUGGAGCUAUAUCUUUAAGAGAACAUAUGAAUAUGUCAGCAACUGCAUUGGUUUACUACAUAGAACAUAUUGAAGAGUAUCAAACAGAUGAAAUACAUAUAUUACUUAAAAAAUUCAAUAUUGUAAAAGACUGCAGUGCAAAAUUCAAUGGUAUAUUGAAUUCUAAUUUAUAUAUUUGAUAAAUAAAACAUUAAAGUGC